UAUAUAUCAUCCAUAAUUCGAACUAAAAUUUGCUUGGACCAUUUGUUCGACACUGUCCUUUCCCCAGUCCUGCCUGUACUUAUGCCCGCCACUAUACAGUCUCCCGGGGAGCACCAGCCUCUCGACAACACGAUGGGUGCCAUGCUCGUAGGCAUUAUAGUCAGCGCGGUGCUCUACGGAAUAUCCCUCGUUCAAACAUUAUUCUACUUCAAUCGUUACCGCAACGACGCGUGGUACUUAAAGAGUCUAGUCGCAAUCACCGUCCUUUUCGACACUGUACACCUCUGCUUCAUCUCUCAUACUAUCUACUUCUAUCUGGUAUCGCGGUAUUAUGACAAUGGACAGCUAGAUUUCAUGAUCUGGUCUGUUUUGGCCGAAGCUGUCCCAACCGGAUUCACCGGAGCUCUUGUGCAAACCUUCUACACAGUGCGAGUAUGGCGACUCAGUAAAAAGAAUCAUGUCCUUGCAAUUGUUAUCAUGUUGAUAGUACUGGCCCAGACUGCAUGUGGCACUGCAUGGGUGAUUAUAUCACUGCAGCUUUCAACAUUCCAACAAUUGUUAGGCAUUUCUGAUUUGACAAUUUCCAUCAACGCACUAUCCACAGCAGCAGAUGUAAUCAUAGCUGCUAGCUUGUGUUUUUUGCUCGCACAGUCCCGAACGGGGUUCAAGCACUCUGAUACCAUGAUCAACAAGCUCAUUCUGUUCGGGGUGAAUACUGGAUUGGCAACCAGUGUCUGUGCUAUUGCAUCUUUGUUAUCUCUCAUCGCGUCACCAAACACCUUGUUAUAUGCCCCCUUCUACUUCUGCAUUGGAAGACUGUAUUCGAACUCUCUCCUGGCCACUCUGAAUGCGAGAAAUCAGAUUCGGAAUGGGUCAAAUGACGCUGAACACAUGAUGGUGUCUCUUUCGCAGGCUUCUCGCGACCACGCUGUACUCCCCACAAAUUCCAAAACCCAGCGGCCGCAAAAUAUAUCGAUCAGAAUUGACACUGCAAAGGAUUAUGCGUCAGAUGGCAAGGAGGACGAGAGCUCCAGCGUUACAUUCUAGUAAUUUCAACAUUGGACACCAGGUAGAAGAUACCGAAUGUGAAGUCGAGAUCUUGUAGUAAAUUACGACUUUACACUAUACCUAUUUGGUACUGUCGUUACAUUUGUAUAUACAAAUUACAACAUUGAAUCUUCCGAGGUAAAAAUCGGAUCCCAGUGCAGUCGAUAAUCUCCGAC